AUGGACGAGAACGGCGCAUCAGACCUCCAGGUGGAGGGGGAACCCGAGCAGCACCAGCAACAACAACACACGAGCCUGUCGUUCCUGCAGCUCCACGAUGCUUUCAAGCGGAUGGUUGCUGUGGGAGUUGACGUUGUGGACGAGCAGACGUUCUACCGCAUUAUGGACGGCGUACCGGACCACCUGCUGUGGCUGUUCUGGCAGCUGUACACGCGGAUCGUAUCUGGGAUAGUCGACAACUCAAUGGCGGAGUUUGAUGACCUGGCACGCGAGACCGACAUGCGGCAGCAGCUGGCAGACCUGGAGGCGCUAGCGCUGCAAAAGGGGCGGCAGCUGGGCGCGGGCGCCGGCGCGCCGGACGGCGGCGCGGAGGGCGGCAGCGGCGGCGCCGAGGACGCGGCCGCGGGGCCGGCGGCGGCGGAGGCGGCGGCGCGGGUGGCGGCAAAGCGGGCGGAGGGGCGGCAGCUGGCCGAGGCCCUCUCGAAGCUGCAGCGGCAGAGGGACGACCUGCGAGCGCAGGUGGACGCGCGGCGCAAGGUGGUGGAUGCGGCAAAGGCUGGAUACACGCGCGCUGCCGACCACAUGACAGAGCUCCACUCGGCGAUGCAGGGCUGGCGUGUCGACGGCGCGCUCAAGGCCGGGGGCGGCACACCCUGA